CAUCGCUCUACCAGACUCGACGACUCCCUCAGUUGUUGCAUCCUCGUAGCUGGGUGCGAACAUGUCGAACACAAUAACCCUCUAUCCGCUCUCCAACUUCACGUUCAGCACAAAGGAGGCACAACCUGAAGAAGACCCAUCUGUAUCUGCACGACUUCAGCGGCUGCAAAACAACUAUGAAGACUUUGGCAUGCGACGAACCGUGGAGGGCAUUCUGGUGGUGCAUGACCAUGGACACCCUCAUAUCCUGAUGCUGCAGAUCGCCAACGCCUUCUUUAAGCUUCCUGGUGAUUACUUGAAGCCGGGGGAAGACGAAAUCGAAGGGCUGAAGCGCCGCUUAGAUGAACGCCUCGCACCUCCGACCGACUCUCGCCAGUUUAACGCGUCACAUGGGGUAGAUAAUGAAUGGGAGAUUGGUGAUGUUCUUGCACAAUGGUGGCGUCCGAAUUUUGAGACAUUCAUGUAUCCAUUCAUUCCUACACACAUUACGAAGCCGAAGGAGUGCAAGAAGCUUUUCCUGGUGCAAAUGCCCGAACGCAAGGUGUUGGCUGUACCUAAAAACAUGAAGCUCCUGGCCAUCCCUUUGUUUGAACUCUAUGAUAAUGCUGCGCGGUAUGGCCCUCAACUGUCAGCAAUACCUCAUCUCCUGUCUCGAUACAAUUUCAUUUACCAAUGAUUCGACGGAGAUGGUGGUAUUGUAGUAUUUGCACUUUCAUUCCUUUUCGUUCUCUGUUGUGAGUUCUACCAUGUCACCAGCAAUCGUUCUUGUAAUCACUUUCGGUUUCACUCGUGUGUGGAUUGUGAUGGCCUGAAUUGCGUUGUAGCAUAAUCCUAAGCUGUAUUCCAUGAUUCACUGCUUUGACUUUCGCAAGUACUACGGGGUGAAUUGCUCAUUAAUAACUGUCUAGCAUGGAUCUAGUACACGCGAAGUCAGCGAAUGCUGUCCAAUAGUCGGGAAGAAUUGACGUCACAUCGUCAUCAACCAGCUUUCCCCAACCUUAACCUGCGAAAGGGUGUUAAAUCUGUAGCGGCUUCGGACG